UUGGUACCCAUGUUUUUGCGUCAACAAUCUAACCCAACUUUUUGUCCCGAACCCAAAAAUGUCUAUUUAUUACAGCGGGACGUUUAAGCGUUCUUCGGGUGUGAUCAGCGCGAUUACUAAGCAAUUGAAGAAGGUGAAUUUAAAGCCGGUGAAAAGAAUCCAGGUGCAGUUCGACCCGUUUCACCCGAAUGCCGUGACAGCCAGAGAUUUCCUCUUCCAUAUAACCACCCCGAAAGUUCUGGAAAGCAAUUUAAACUGUGUCAUUAAGCCAAACGUGGUGUGCGAUCGAAGCGAGCCCGAGAUAAAAGUUGAUUUGUUGGAGAAAGGGAGUGUCAAGUUCCUCGCGAAUAACUUAACGGUUUUGGAGAUUUUGCAACAGUUUAAUAAGCACGUGAGUAGUUUGGCGAAGCCGGAGGAGGAGACUCCCGUGCAAGUUACUAAGUUGGAGAAGAAGAGACAGAAGAAGCGAUAA